AUGCGUGACGAAAAACCCUCCGGCCCCAUUGGCCGCUGGGGCCUGCGCCGUCUUCUCGGCAGGCGCUCUUCCGACAAUAACCCAGACGACCAGCAGCCAGUGACAUCAAGAUGGAGCAUGGGUGUCCUCAAUGACCCCAACACUGUCGAGGUUCCAGGUUCCGUUCUGCUGCUUGCCGCCCAUCGCAACGAGCCUCUCGGCUUGCGCAACAUGCACGCUCGUAAUUCGCACUCUUCUAUUCCUGCUGGCUUCCCCGUUGAUAUUCCCACGACGCCUGGUGGUUCUCGCCCAGCUCCUGGCACCCCUGGUCCUCCUGGAACUCCUGCAAACAACUCUACCACGGCCCCGGAGGAGCAGAAAAAGACCACACAGAAUGGCGAAAUUAUCUUGGAGCCACAGCCUGAAGAGUCGGUCAAUGAUCCUCUCAACUGGCCAUCUUGGCGUCGCGAUACUGCACUUCUGUCCCUCGGCUUUUACUGCAUGCUUGGCGGCGGCGUUACUCCCCUCAUCGCCGCUGGUUUCACAGACGUCGCUCACGAAUACAAUGUCGAGGUUGAAACUGUCGCUCUCACCACUGGCCUCUACAUGAUGGGCCUGGGUGUUGGCUCAGUCAUUGCAUCCCCAACUGCUAUUCUGUUCGGAAAACGUCCCGUCUAUCUUGCUAGUGCCAUCUUAUUCAUUGGGACUUCGCUCUGGGCCGGAUGGUCGCCGUCUUUCUCCUCUCUCAUUGCAGCCCGCGUUUUCCAGGGCAUCGCAAUCAGUCCCGUUGAAUGCUUACCUUCCGCCACCAUUGCCGAGAUUUUCUUCCUCCACGAACGUGCCUAUCGCAUUGGAAUUUACACGCUGCUGCUUCUCGGUGGUAAAAAUUUGGUUCCGCUUGUCAGUGCCGCCAUUAUCGGUCGUUUUGGCUGGAGAUGGGUCUUUUGGAUCAUGGCCAUGAUCGUGGCAGUCGCCGGUGUUUUGCUAUUUCUCUUUGUUCCCGAGACAUUCUGGGAUCGCACCCCGACAAGAAAACCGUCUAGUCGACCAAACUUCUUUCGCCGUCUGUCUUCUCGCUAUGGCCCGCACAAGGUGUCCGUACCAGCCCCCAGAGCCUCCUCCGAGCGCCCCCAUUCCCCUGGUGCUGAAACUCGUCACCACAAUCAUCAUGUUGGGUUCGCUCCUGAGAUAGAGCAUCCUGUGGGAGAGACUGCGGUUGAUGGCCCGUCGCCUGUUCACCAGAGGAACCUUCAUGUGGGCUUUUCUGAAGCGUCCGAUGUGGAAAAGCAACUGGAUAGUGACAACCAGGCAGACAGGCAGCAUCCUACGCAGCCCUCAAUCACUGUUUCAAAACCUCAGCGCGAAGCUGCCUCUUCUCAGUCUGCUGCUGACGGACCCAUGACCAUCUCGCCGGCGCUUCCUCGCAUGAGCCACCAAAAUGCGCAGGAUUCGAGCCACCUGCAAACCCCAGAUCGUUGCAGUAGUAUCGGCAACUCAUCUGGCAUGGACUACUUUUCUGGAAAGGAUGCUGCUAACAGAGAGCCCAUAUCGGCCGCAAGCUUUUCUACACCUCCCAAAAUUUAUCAAUAUACGCAUAACCUACGCCAGCUUCCUGCCCAGUCAUUUGUUCAACAACUGAAACCAUAUCACGGGCGCCUCAAUGGUGACAGGUGGCACAAGGUUCUUGUCCGACCUUUUGUGCUUUUUGCCUAUCCGGCUGUACUAUGGUCCUCUGUUGUCUACGCAUGCUCCAUUGGCUGGCUAAUCGUCAUAUCAGAAACAAUGGCCAUCAUCUACCGCAAUCCAAACACGUACAACUUUACUGCUCUCCAGACAGGUCUCGUCUACAUCUCACCGUUUAUUGGGGGUAUCCUUGGAACAGGUGUGGCCGGCAAAAUCAGCGACAUAAUUGUCAAAGCCAUGGCACGCCGCAACGGUGGUCUGUAUGAGCCAGAAUUUCGCUUGGUCAUGGCCAUUCCCAUUCUCAUCACGACUUGUAUCGGCUUGAUGGGCUUUGGAUGGUCAGCUCAAGUUGAAGAUCACUGGAUAGUGCCAACCCUGUUCUUCGGCAUCGUGUCGUUUGGCUGUUCCCUUGGCUCCACCACGUCGAUUACAUUCUGCGUGGACAGCUAUCGCCAGUACGCUGGCGAGGCUCUUGUUACCCUCAACUUUACCAAGAAUGUUUUGCAUGGAUUGGUGUUUAGUCUCUUUGUCAGCCACUGGUUGGCCGAUGAUGGUCCAAAGAUGGUGUAUAUUUGGAUUGGCAUUAUUCAGCUGAUUCUUCUCCUAUUUACGAUUCCCCUCUUCAUCUACGGCAAGCGUCUGCGCAUGUGGACGGUUCGCAAGAACCUGAUGGAGAAAUUUUGA